CAAACGUCGGGCUUUUACUGUGAAGUUAAAGUCCCGGAAGUGUUUGCGUUGGCGGUUGCACUCGGCUCACGGUGCUACGCUCUUUACGGCCCCGAAGCUAAGCUAGCCGAGAAGAUGCCGUCGAUGGAAUACGACGACUCCAAGCCCAGCUGGGCAGACCAAGUCGAGGAGGAGGUGGAUGAAGGCACACUACCACCGCCCAAAGAAACCAUCAAAGGAAAUAUAAAAACUAUCAUUGAAUACAAAAUAGAUGAUGACGGAAAGAAGUUCAAGAUUAUCCGAAUCUUCAAGAUCGAGACCAGAAAAGCCUCCAAAGCCGUUGCCAGGAGAAAGAACUGGAAGAAAUUUGGCAACUCUGAGUUUGACGCUCCCGGUCCUAAUGUGGCCACCACCACAGUCAGUGAUGAUGUCUUCAUGACUUUCAUCUCCAGCAAGGAGGACUUGAACGCUCAAGAUCAGGAUGAAGAUCCCAUGAACAAACUGAAAGGCCAGAAGAUUGUGUCUUGCCGUAUUUGUAAAGGCGACCAUUGGACCACGCGCUGUCCGUACAAGGACACCCUGGGCCCGAUGCAGAAGGAGCUGGCCGAACAGCUCGGCCUCACCACCGCAGACAAGGACAAGCCCGCUGGCUCCGCGGAGCCAGAGCCGGCGCAGCCCGCGCAGAGCAAGACCGGAAAGUACGUGCCCCCGAGCCUGAGGGACGGAAGCACGCGGAGAGGGGAGUCCAUGCAGCCCAACCGGAGGGGUGGAUCUGACGACAACGCCACGAUCCGUGUGACCAAUCUGUCGGAGGACACCCGCGAGACCGACUUGCAGGAGCUCUUCAGGCCAUUUGGCUCCAUCUCGAGGAUUUAUCUGGCCAAGGACAAGAACACCGGACAGUCCAAGGGUUUUGCUUUCAUCAGCUUCCACCGCCGGGAGGAUGCAGCCAGAGCCAUCACUGGAGUGUCAGGAUUCGGAUACGAUCAUCUUAUUCUCAACGUUGAAUGGGCCAAACCGUCAAACAACUGAGGAAUCAUUCAGGAUACAUUCGAGCAAGGCGCCAGAUUUUAUUGUCGUGGUAAAACGUGGCUGUUACCGAAAUAAAAAAAAUCACAUUGUCA